AUGUCAGGACGAGGAAAGACAGUGAUAAAUAUUACAAUUCUCGAAGUUAUUGAAACAGUACAAAAUAAGUUGAAUACAAGUUUGACUCCAAUAAAUACAUUAACUGUAGAAAUCGCGAAAAUUAAACAAGAUCUUAAAAAUCUUCAACAAGUGAAUAAAGUGAAUAACGAAAUUAAUAUGUUUAUGCAGCAAAAUAAUACUGAUAUAUUAAAAAAUUAUUAUUUAUUGAAAAGGAAAUGUCUAUUUUCAUCAAUGUUAGAAGAGAAUUUCGAAGAAUUUAAAUCUGUAACAGUAUCACAAAAUCAAGAGAUAUUAGAUAAUCAUAUUAAUGAAUAUGUAAAAACUUAUGAAUCUCAAAAAAGAAACCAUAGGUAA